CCCUUCUUUCUCCUCUUCUUGCUUCUCCUCCCUGUGAAGUGCGUUUCCCCCAAACGUGUCUUCUUCCUGCCAGAGCAUAAACCAUGCGUGCGCUACCCACCACAGCGAUCACGCUAUUAGGCGCAUCUUUGUUGCCCUCUGCAACCGAAGCCCAGUAUGUCCGAGAUUUGAGUGCCGAGGACUGGACACUGAGUAGUGCCGCCUUGAAUCGCACGGUGCCAGCCCGAUUUCCCUCUCAGGUGCAUAUGGAUUUGCUAAGAGAGGGAAUCAUUGAUGAACCGUAUAACGAUUUGAACGAUUUCAAUCUGAGGUGGAUUGCGGAUGCCAAUUGGACAUAUACCAGUGGGAAGAUUGAAGGCUUAGGCGAUGACUAUGACUCGACAUGGCUAGUUUUCGACGGGCUGGACACCUUCACCUCAAUCUCGUUCUGCGGCCAGUUCGUCGCGGCAACGAACAACCAGUUCCGACAGUACAUGUUCGAUGUCUCCUUUAUUCUUGAGGGCUGCGGUGAGAGUCCGACCUUGAGUAUCGAGUUUGGUAGCGCGCCGAAGAUUGUGGAUGCAAUCGCUCAGGAUCCUAAUUCUCCAACAUGGCCCGAGGGCGUGCAAAUCACAUACGAAUACCCGAAUCGUUGGUUCAUGCGCAAGGAGCAAUCUGAUUUUGGCUGGGACUGGGGUCCAGCGUUUGCACCGGCUGGGCCCUGGAAGCCCGGAUAUGUGGUUCAGUUGAAGCAGGCGGAGCGGGUAUAUGUUCGCAACACGGAUCUGGAUAUCUACCGGCAAGGACAGAUCAAUUACCUUCCGCCAGAUCAGAGCCAGCCGUGGGUGGUGAAUGCCAGUCUUGACUACCUAGGCACUCUGCCGGAGAACGUUUCCAUGGCGAUUGAGGUGAAAGAUAUCCAGACGGGCGAGAUCCUGGCGUCCCAGCCACUAACAAAUGUCACCUUCGCUGAAGGCUCUGUCACGGGAAUUACAGUUUUGGAUGGAGUGGAGCCGAAGCUGUGGUGGCCCCAGGGCCUGGGUGAGCAGAACCUCUACAAUGUCACCAUUGCGGUCACCGAUGGGGGAAACCGCUCCAUCGCUGAAGUGACCAAGCGGACUGGCUUCCGAACGAUCUUUCUCAACCAGCGCAAUAUCACCGAUGCUCAGCUAGCCCAAGGAAUUGCCCCGGGCGCGAACUGGCAUUUUGAAGUCAAUGGGCAUGAAUUCUAUGCCAAAGGAUCCAACUUGAUUCCGCCUGAUAGCUUCUGGACCCGAGUCACUGAGAAAACCAUGACUCGGUUAUUCGAUGCCGUCGUGGCAGGCAACCAGAACAUGCUCCGCGUCUGGUCGUCCGGAGCCUACUUGCAUGACUACAUCUACGAUCUGGCGGACGAGAAGGGGAUCCUGCUGUGGAGUGAGUUUCAAUUCAGUGAUGCGCUGUAUCCAACGGAUGAGGCAUUCUUAGAGAACGUCGCCGCGGAGGUAGUCUACAAUGUGCGACGCGUCAAUCACCACCCAUCUCUGGCCCUGUGGGCUGGAGGCAAUGAGAUCGAAGCGCUGAUGCUUGUGCUCGUUGAGGCGGCCGACCCCGAGGCGUACCCUUUCUACGUGGGCGAGUACGAGAAGAUGUACGUCAGUCUCUUCCUGCCACUCGUCUACGAAAAUACGCGGUCUAUCUCCUAUUCUCCCAGCAGCACGACUAACGGCUACCUGGACAUUGACCUCUCGGCGGCGGUGCCCAUGGCUGAGCGAUACGACAACACCACCGAGGGCGAAUACUACGGCGACACAGACCAUUACAACUACGACACGAGUGUCGCCUUCGACUACGGCUCCUACCCGGUGGGUCGGUUCGCCAACGAGUUUGGCUUCCACAGCAUGCCGAGCUUGCAGACCUGGCAGCAAGCGCUCACCGACCCUGACGAUCUUGCCUUCAACAGCAGCGUGGUCAUGCUGCGCAACCACCACUACCCCGCCGGCGGCCUCAUGACCGACAACUUCCACAACACCUCGCUCGGCAUGGGUGAGAUGACCCAGGGGGUGCUCAGCUACUACCCGACGCCGGACAUCCCCUCGGACCCGCUGGCCAACUUCAGCGCCUGGUGCCACGCGACCCAGCUCUUCCAAGCCGACAUGUACAAAUCGCAGAUCCAAUUCUACCGACGCGGCAGCGGCCUGCCGGAGCGCCAGCUGGGGUCGUUGUAUUGGCAGCUCGAGGACAUCUGGCAGGCGCCCUCGUGGGCGGGGAUCGAGUACGGCGGCCGCUGGAAGGUGUUGCACUAUGUGGCGCGCGACAUCUACAAGCCCGUGAUCGUCUCCCCGUUCUGGAACUACACGACCGGCGCCCUGGACAUCUACGUCACCUCGGAUCUGUGGACCCCUGUGACGGGCACCGUCACGCUCACCUGGCGCGACCUCGCGGGGCGGCCCGUCGCGUCCAACGGCGGCCUCCCCGCCGCUCCGCUGCCCUUCCACGUCGGCGCCCUCAACACCACCCGUCUGUACCGGAUGAACCUGAAACAGCAGCCCCUGCCGCGGCACGAGGAUGUCAUUCUCACGCUGGAGCUGAGCGCCACGGGUCGCUUGCCCAACGCCGCCGCCGCCGCCGACGACGACCAGGCGGAAACCACCUUCACGCAUGAGCAGUGGUUCACCCCCGCGUUCCCCAAGGAUUUGUCUCUGGUUGACCCCAGGGUGCGGCUCACGUAUGAUGCGGAGAGAGAGAAGUUCGUGGUGGAGGCGGCCGGCGGGGUGGCGCUGUACACUUGGCUGGAACAUCCCGAGGGGGUGGUGGGGUACUUCGAGGAGAAUGCGUUUGUGCUGGUGCCGGGCCAGAAGAAGGUCGUGGGGUUUGUGGUGCAGGAGGAUGAGACGGAGGGGGAGUGGGUGAAGGAUGUAACGGUGAAGAGUCUGUGGGAUUUGAAUGAGGGUGGGAAGCGGAGGGUGUAGAUGAUCCGUAGUGGGGGUUAUUGGUAGUAGUAGUGUCUUUGACGAUGUCAGUUUGUGUGUAUAUGUAUGAGCGAA